UCGAUUAUGAGCCAAAAUGGAUCGGCCAUGGUGGCCAUGGUCGGAAAGAACUGCGUGGCCAUUGCAGCCGAUAAACGUCUAGGUGUCCAACUGAUGACUGUGUCUACUGACUUUCAAAAAAUAUUUCCAGUAACAACGAAAAGUUAUAUUGGGCUCGCUGGAUUGGCUACUGAUGUCCAAACCUUAGCCGAAAAGUUUCGUUUUAGCAUUAAUAUGUAUAAGCUACGUGAAGAACGCGAAAUUGAACCGCGCACCUUGUCACAUAUGGUAUCUUCAACAUUGUACGAAAAAAGAUUCGGACCUUAUUUUGUUGAGCCAGUGAUUGCUGGCCUUGACAAGAACAAUCAACCAUUUGUGUGUGCGAUGGAUUUGAUCGGUUGUCUUGAUAUUGCGCAAGACUUUGUGGUAGCUGGGACGGCUUCUGACGGCUUGUUUGGAAUGUGUGAAUCUUUAUGGGAACCUGACUUG